GUUCGUUGUAUCGUGGUCGUGAGUCUGACGGUUUUCUGAGCUAUUGUUUGUUCUGCGAUACUUGACCUACGUGAACAUCGGGUGUGCGUACACUUGAGUUGCGAAUAUUUGAAUCGUUCAUAUAGAGUGCGGGGAUCAUGAAGAUUUUAGUGGUUUUAACAACUCUGCUGGUGGGCUGUUUAGCUGCCCCGCAGGUUUUCUAUCCUGCAGUAGGAUUACACCCGAAAGCUUUUCGUAAAGGAUUCUUUCCGGUGGCAGUUCCAAUUGCAGUAGCACCAAUCGUACCAGUGCCAGUAGCUCACGUAGUGCCGAUUGGAGUGGCACCGGUAGCACCAAUCGCACCAUUCGGAUUGGGAAGAGGAGCAGCAUUUGGAGGCAGCAACGCUCAGGCACAAUCGGCCUCGUUCAGCAUAGGACCCGGUGGUAUUACCGGUUCGUUCAGUAAAUCAGCAGCCAAUGCGAAUUCGUUUGGCGGUGGUGGCUUUGGAGGGGCCGGUGCAUCUGCUAGUGCCGCUGCCGAAUCUGAAUCGUAUGGAGGAGGUUAUGGUGGCUAUGGAGACUAUGGCGGCUAUGGAGGAUCAGCUUCCAGUGCACAAGCGUCAGCAAAUUCGUAUGGAGGAGGCGGUGGCUUGUUGCCAUUUUUCGGAUGAAUAAUUAACAGGCUCCGAUAGACGUGUAUGUGAAUGUUACUAACCAGUGAAACUGAAGGCUAUU